AUGAUGAAUCGGCUAUUUGGAAAACCCAAGCAGGAGUCUAAUGCUCUCCAAACAUUGGACAAGCUAAACGAGACUCUUGAGAUGCUAGAGAAGAAGGAGAAAGUACUCCUGAAGAAGGCUGGACAAGAGGUUGAGAAGGCGAAAGAAUACACCCGUGCAAAGAAUAAACGCGCGGCUAUACAGUGUUUGAAAAGGAAGAGGUUAUAUGAGCAACAAGUCGAACAGCUUGGGAAUUUCCAGCUGCGUAUACAUGAUCAAAUGAUUAUGUUAGAAGGCGCGAAAGCAACAACAGAAACCGUAGAUGCAUUGAGGAGCGGAGCUUCUGCAAUGAAAGCAAUGCAGAAAGCAACAAAUAUCGAUGAUGUGGACAAAACCAUGGACGAAAUCAAUGAGCAGACUGAGAACAUGAAGCAGAUCCAAGAAGCAUUGUCAACUCCAAUCGGGUCAGCAGCUGAUUUUGAUGAGGAUGAGCUUGAAGCAGAGCUUGAAGAACUAGAAGGUGCAGAGCUUGAAGAGCAACUUCUUCAACCGACAACUCCAUUGCCUUCUGUUACUGUGACUGGUGUGCGUCAACCUGCUCGUCCUGCUGCUCAGAAGCAGCGGACUGCUGAGGAAGACGAACUCGCUGCGUUACAGGCUGAGAUGGCCCUCUAA